AAAGCCUUCAUCUAAAAAUCUCAGCAAAAUUUGAAUUAUAAUAAUAGCAUACUUCUACUACUACUUCUCAAUAAUAACACUUUCUUCUUUUGUAUAUUGAGAGACUAUAAUGUAGCCACAAAAAUGGGGAGGAGAACAACAAGAGAAGGAGAGCACCACAACCGCCGCCACCACCACCCCAAAUCACAAACUCUACCACCAUCGCCGUCACACUCGUUCUCCUCGUCGUCCUCAUCCGACUUCGAGUUCACCAUCUCCGUCUCGCCACGGAAGUCCUCCACCGCUCACUGCCGACCCGCCGACGAGCUCUUCUACAAGGGCCAACUACUUCCACUCCACCUCUCCCCACGCCUCUCCAUGGUUCGAACCCUGUUACUCGCGUCCUCAUCCACCUCCUCCUCCUCCGACGCCAGCACCACCACCGCCUCACGUGACUCCACCGGUAGUAGCACUUCGAACGAGUCUCACUCCUCCUUCAACAGCGACCUCGUUCUGCUAGCUUCUGCGGAGUCUUGUGACUCUUCCAGACCAAGCUCGGUUACUGAUCAGGAAGAAGAGUUCAAACGCCUCGCCACCACCGCUCACGGCGGCGGCAUUAAUAACUUUAUUAAUAAUGCCGUUCAUAUCAAGAAGAGUAAUAACAGUAAGUACUUCUCUCUGGCGAGAUUCUCAUCCGUUUUCAAGAAGGAGCCUAAGGCGACGGCGGUGGUUUCUCACCACCGUGACCCGGAUAACGUACCCGGGCUAUCUGGGUCGUCUUCUUCCUCCGUUAAACGAAUGAGCACAACGGCGAAAGAGGUUAUAAGAAAAUACAUGAAGAAAGUUAAGCCUCUGUACGAGAAAUUGUCGCAAAAGCAAGGGGCGGCGGCGGCCGUAGUGCAGCAGCUGGAGGAGGAGCAUGAACAUCAACGACAACAAAAACUCGGUCGUUUAAUGACAGCUCCGGCUAUCAAAACGACGUCGUUUUCUUCCUCAAAGUCAACGACGACUAAAUGUACGAAACCACUAUCAUCAUCAUCAUCAGGCAAUAAUUAUCAUAGUAAUAAAGAUCACGGAGCGUUUUCUCACUCGUUCUCCGGGAAUUUGAGGUACCCAAGAAGGAAAAGCUGCAUCUCGAGCUGCCCAUCUUCGAUACGGUCCUCGCCAAGCCACUCCGGCGUGCUUUGCCGACCAGGUUUCGCCGGCUCCGGCGGCUCCAGAGGCGGCGGUGGAAGUGGUUACAAUGGGGAUAUGAAUACGAAUGCAUCUUCAUCCAUGGAGGAACUACAGAGUGCAAUUCAAGGUGCCAUAGCUCAUUGCAAGAACUCUUUGUUGACUCAGAACUAGACUAUGGCGGUCAGUAAUGAGAUUUGAAGUUAAUAAUAGUAAUAUUAAUAUAUAUUAUCAUUAUUAUUAAUAAUUAACGAUAAAAGUUGAUUAAAUCUUUUUAUAUAUAUAAUUAACUGGUCGAAAGAAAAAAAAAAUAUUAUUAUCUUCAAAUUUCGUGUCCUUAAUUUUUGUCUUUUUCUAAGUGUUUGUUUUGUAGGAUGAGUAUAUCGAUGAUCUUUGUAGCCAGAAAAUAUCAUGUCAUUUAGAAGCCCAAAAAUACUAGAGUACUUAUUUUUAUUUUUAUUAAAUUUUAAAUGGUUGCAUGUGAAUUAUGUAACGGUAUUCUGUAACGGUGAUUUGGAUUUUGUUCAGAAAAUGAGAAUCGAUAAUGACCGAAGUCUGUGAAUGUUUUUAUUAUAAAUUUUGGAAUUUGUACUC